AUGUGGCAAUUAAUGCGAGAGGAUGCAAUAUCACACAAACCACACAUUGCCAACAUCCGGUCUUCCUGUUCGCCUCUGGCCUCGCCUGACGGCUUAGCCAAUCUGCUCUUGUCAUUCCGCUUCGAUGGUUCGUCCGGGGCCACUUAUCACACACAUUUGGGCGCAUCCACACCUGACACCAACACCGCCCUGACAACACGGAUUAAGCCACACACACACACACGCACAUACCACUCUCGGCAACUUCAGCAUACACAUGCACGCAUGGACAUUCACACAUUACACACACACACACACACACACACACAUGCGUGUUGUGACACACCAGAGAGCCGAGUGCCGGAGCCGGUCUGA